AUGGACGUGGGCGAGUCCCUCGGCGCGACGCACAUCAUCGACCACGCACUCCCCAUCCCCGAGCUCCUCGCCGCGAACACGCAGCGGCUCGCAUACGCCACGCUCGGCGACCACGGCGGCUUCGUCUCGGUGAUGCCGCGCGCGGGCCCCGAGGUCCUCGCGCCAGUGCAAAGGGAGGGCGACGGGAAGCCCGUCGUGCGGCCGUUCGCGAGCUUCCAGAUGCUGCCGAACCAGGUACUGGGCGUCGGGGUGGACAAGCGGCUGACGGGGUGGCUCGCAGAUGGGACAGCGAAGCCGAACCGGGGUGUCAAGCACUGCGAGCAGCUGCCCGCGCUUACGUCGGAGUAA